AUGAACAACCCCAACAUCAAUACCUCCAACAUAAACUCCACCUCCAAGUCUUCAAAUUCAAAAUCCUCAAAUUCAAACUCAGUCGUUGGUUCCCACUACAAAAUCGGCAAGAAAAUUGGCGAGGGCUCCUUUGGUGUCAUCUUUGAAGGCAUCAACAUCAUCAACAACGCUCCCGUCGCCAUCAAAUUCGAACCCAGGAAGACUGAGGCUCCCCAACUACGAGACGAGUACAGAACCUACAAAUACCUCUCCGGCCUAAAUGGCAUCCCCAAGGCCUACUACUUUGGCCAGGAGGGCCUCCACAACAUCCUCGUCAUCGACCUCCUAGGUCCCUCUCUAGAAGAUCUUUUUGACUGGUGUGGCAGAAGAUUCUCUGUAAAGACCACUGUUCAAGUCUCUGUUCAAAUGCUCACCCUCAUUGAAAUCCUCCACAACAGAGACCUCAUCUACAGAGACAUCAAGCCUGACAACUUUCUCAUUGGCAGAAGGGGAAUGCCCGAUGAAAAUUCAAUCCACCUAAUCGACUUCGGUAUGGCCAAACUCUACAGAGACCAACGAACAAAACAACACAUCCCUUACAGAGAAAAAAAAUCCCUUAGUGGCACUGCCAGAUACAUGUCUGUCAACACUCACUUGGGAAGAGAACAGAGCAGAAGAGACGACCUCGAAGCCCUAGGCCACGUCUUCUUCUACUUUCUCAGAGGCCAAUUACCAUGGCAAGGUCUAAAGGCCCCCACCAACAAAUUGAAAUAUGAAAAGAUUGGUGAAAAAAAGAGAACAACCCCAGUUCUAGAGCUAUGUGCUGGGUUGCCUAGGCAGUUCUCCCAAUAUCUAGAAAGUGUUCGAAACCUCCCCUUUGACGCUGAGCCUGACUACAAAGCCUACAAAGAACUUCUCCUAUCUGCCCUAGACGACAUAGGCGAGAAGCCUGAUGGCCAGUACGACUGGAUGAAGCUCAACGCCGGUAGAGGUUGGGACUAUUCCAUCAACAAGAAGCCAAAUCUACAUGGCUAUGGCCAUCCUACUCCUCCUGGUGAAAGAGAUCGUCACCAUCGUCACAGCCAACAACGAAAGGCUCUCACAAAUCUUGCUGCUGCUGCUCAACAA